UUUUUUGGCCAUUCAAGACAAAGAUGAACGGAUUUCAAGUACUAACUCCAGAGAAGCUGGUUGAUUUACCAAAAGUUGGUAUUCUAGUAACAUCGCCGUCUGGUGAAAAAGCUAUUUUUUCGCAGUCUGUAUACUCUAGUCAGGAAAAAAAGUCCGCACCCACACUUCAUGUUAUUGAUCUGACCACUUCUGAAGUGCGUCCUUUAACAUCAACUUUCAAGUAUGGAACUCCAUAUGAACCUGUUUUUCUUGACGACAGAAACAUUAUCUUCCUUCAAGCCCGAGAUGAUGAUGACUUUGCUCAUAUCUACGUUGUGGGAGUAGACUCUGAAACUGAAGAGCCAUACCAACUCUCGAACUUUCCAGUUGAAGUCGGUGCAUUGAAGUACAAUAGUGCCUCAGGACUCUUGGGAUUUGCUGCCGAAGUAUAUGAAGAUGGAAGAAUGGAGACGGUCAAAUCCAUAGAUGAAAGCAUUGAAUCCGCCAAAACAGAUUCAGGAAUGGUCUAUAAUAGUCUUGGCGUUCGGGCGUGGAAUACAUACCUCCCUCCAAAAGGCAAAAGAAACAAUGUCUUUGUUGUGAAGGUUGAUUUCGACGGCACAAAGUACGCCAUAAGAGGAUCUUCAGUUAACGUCUUGUUAAACACAGGGAUGACUGUACCACAUCCGAUGUAUGGUGAUGCUGAUGACUACGAUUUCUCUCCUGAUGGCAAGCAAAUGGCAUUCAUUUGCAAGUUGGACUCUCCAGAUUUUGCUUGGAAAACCACCCAACAAGUGUUCAUUACUUCAACCUCAGGAGGUAGCAUACCCCAGUGCAUCAAUAGUGAUAUCGACGCGUACUCUUACUAUCCCAAAUAUGCACCGGAUGGCACUCUUGCAUACCUGCAGAUGAUGCAGCCUGGAUAUGACUCUGACAAAGUUCGUGUCAUACUUUAUGACGGCAAAAAGCGCAGAAACAUCACUGAAGAUUGGCCACAUAGUGCUAUGUCCCUUGCUUUUUCACCAGACUCUCAAUCCAUCUAUGUUACAGCGGAUGAUCAAGCACAUAUGAAAAUAUUUGCUAUCAACCGUAAGACAGAAGAAAUCAAAUCUCUCACCCAUGAACAUACUGCAACGCUUGUUUCAACGUCUAAAAACGGAAUUAUCUUCAGGCUCGCGUCCAUGAAUUUCCCACAUCUUAUUUGCAAUUUAAACUUAUCGACUAUGGAAAUGCAGGCGUACACCAGGACAUCGGAUCUUCAUUCGGCCUUCAAUGGAAUGGAGCUCCCCAAACCCCAAGCUUUUUGGUUUGAAGGCGCACGUGAAGAUAAGGUACAUGGGUGGAUUCUAAAGCCAGUAAACUAUGUGGAAGGAAAAAAGUAUCCAGUGGCAUUUUUGGUACAUGGAGGACCACAAAUGCCUUUCCGAGAUAACUGGGUGCUGGAUUGGCAUCCGCAGAUAUUUACAUCGGCUGGUUAUGCAGUGGUUGGAAUCAACCGACAUGGAUCCACGGGGUUUGGAAGCGAUUUCUGUGAUUGCCUUCAGGAAAAUUGGGGAUCGUAUCCAUAUAUAGAUCUCGAGAAGGGGUUGGCCCAUGCGCUAGCUCAUAAUGACUUUUUGGACUCACAAAACGUUUUUGGUUUGGGAUUCUCUUUUGGUGGUUAUUUGAUUAAUUGGCUCAAUGGCCACAGCAAGCAAUUCAAAGCUUUUGUCAAUCACGGUGGCAUGUUCUCACUUCAAAGUACAUAUUAUGGAACAGAUGAACUUGCAUUCCCUGAAAGAGAGUUUGGCGGUACUCCCUUUGAUGAGCAUGCCCAAAGCAUCUAUGAAAAAUGGUCUCCAUCUUCGUACGUGCGCAAUUGGAAGACUCCAACUCUUGUUACUCAUGGUGGUCGAGAUUAUCGAAUCCCUGAAACUGAGGGAAUAGCCACUUUUACUGCUCUUCAGCGACAAGGGGUUCCUUCCCGUUUUUUGUUCUUCCCAGACGAGCCUCACAGCAUAACACGACCUGCCAAUUUGUUACGAUGGUAUAAAGAAGUUCUAGCGUGGAUGAACGAGUGGGUUGAUACCACCUCGGUUGAUCUCGAGAAACAUGGCAAUGCACAGUAGAAUGGCCACAUGGGAUAAUCAAACGAUAGGAAAAAGGAUCUUUUGUCCCCAAGUUGGGAAAAAGGAGAUGACGAGGAGCUUUUCAUCUGAAUUAUCUGAUUGAAUGCGUAUGAAUAACUGAUGAUUAUAGAGUCUAUGGGUAACCAAAAGAAGCAUUUCGAUAUCAUUUCAUCAGCCAUUACCGAUGCUGGAAAAAUCGCAUCUGCCCAAGGCUGAUCCUUUGAUUGUUUCUCAUCAUUUGUUGACCCUUCAUGUAGUCUCAAUAAAGAAAGUGAAUUAUUUCAUCUA